AUCAGAUACAUAUUUCUCCUUCCUCCUCCUGCAAGGUACACCUGAUUCCCAUCGUUCGCCUCCGGCGUCGAAGUGCCGGAUCGGGAAUUUGUUUGGGAGUUGGUGUCUUUGUGUUUGAAUUUGGAGAGUUGAGAUUUGUGAGUUUGCGGAUUGAUUGAUUCAUUGCCUCGUGAGAUUUGCCCGAAAGGUUGGAUUUUUCGUUCCCUUUUUUGGGGGAAAGUUCGGAUUUUUUUUGUUUGCUCGAUGCCUUCGUCCAUGGCGACGCCGUCUUCCUACUGGUGCUACCGCUGUAGACGGUUCGUCCGCGUGUGGCCACAGGAGGCGAUCGUCUGUCCCGACUGCGACGGCGGCUUCCUCGAGGAGGUUGAUUCGCCGCCUCGCCGCUUUCACUCUCCCGCAGAGAGCCGCCGCCGCCGUCUUGUCCCCUCGUCGCCUGGUUCUCCCGCGGUCGGAAGCGAUGGAUCCGCCGCUGACGGCCUCCCCCGCCAGUCGUCCGAUCUCAGAUACCGCCGCCACCGCCGCACGUCGGCUCGCGACCGUUCUCCCUUUAACCCCGUCAUCGCCCUUCGCAGCCCGUCCCGCAGCAGCGCCCGCGACUCCGAUCUAGAUUCCAGCACCAGCUUCGAGCUCUACUACGAAGACGGCACCGGAUCUGGCCUCCGACCGUUGCCGGAAAGCAUCUCGGAUUUCCUGAUGGGCUCCGGCUUCGACCGCCUACUCGACCAGCUCGCACAGAUCGAGGUCAACGGCAUCGUCCGCGGGAGGGGGUGCGACAACUCUCCGGCGUCGAAGGUCGCCAUCGAGUCGAUGCCCACGGUGGAGAUUGUCGACGAACACAUCGGGAAAGAUUGCCAUUGCGCCAUCUGCAUGGACCCCUUCGAGCUCGGGGUAGAGGCUCGGGAGAUGCCCUGCAAACACAUUUACCAUCAAGACUGCAUCUUGCCAUGGCUAUCGCUACGGAACUCGUGCCCUGUCUGCCGCCAUGAGAUGCCGACAGAUGUGCAAGGACACGACACGGCAAUGGUGGAAGAGGGCGAGACGACCGCUGCAGCCGGGAGCGAGGAGGAGACCGUGGGACUCACGAUAUGGAGGCUUCCCGGCGGGGGUUUCGCGGUGGGGAGGUUCUCCGGGGGCAGGAGAGCAGGGGAAGUUCAGCUUCCCGUAGUGUACACAGAGAUGGAUGGUGGAUUCAAUAACAGCGGAGCCCCGAGAAGAGUGUCAUGGCCUGGAAUGCCGACCAGGUCGAGGGAGAGCAGUGGAAUUCACCGAGCAGUUCGCAGUUUCUUCUCGUUCUUUGGAUUCGCACGGUCAUCUUCCUCCUCUCCACGGACGAGCUUAGAACCUCAACCUUCAUUCCCUCACAGCGACAGGAGGUCAAUUUUCAGAAGGCGCUCGAGAAGUAGAAGCUCCAACUUCGAAGCAAAUGCCAACGUGAAUGCUUGAUGCAGAAGUUGGGACUUGAAGUAAUUUUUCAGAUUUGUUUUGAUUGUAAAUAUGUUCCUUCAAUUUGUACGAAACAAUCAACUAUUACUUUUGCGAUAAGGGCGAUCAAUUUGCGAGGCUCAAGGAUUUCGUUCCUGGUGGCUACUUUUAGCAGUCGCUUGAUAA